CUAGCUCCGCUGGCCAAGCGAGUAACUGCUGCAGGUUGGUUUGUUAGUUAAUUGUAGACCAGCAAAAAGAAGAAAGGUGAAAAACUGUAACAGGUCAAGGUCAAGGCGGGCAUGGCGCCGCUGCCGGAGCUGGGCGAGCCUGACGAGAACUUCCACAACCUGUGGCUGCGGGUAGACGAGGAGGAGGAGGAGAGGUUGCCGCCUCACCCUGGAUUUCACAAGUGGACUAUCAGGAAGCCUCACGGCCGCAAGAAGGCCAGGGCUUGGCGCCAGUUCUAUAGCACCGUUCCGGGGGAUGGAGCAAACAGCUUCUACUGCCACGAGGCCCAAGUUCGUUUCACAGGACGACUUCUUGAUGGUACUCAGUUUGUUUCAAGCCAAGAAAAUGGUAGUCCACAUAUGUUCAUACUAGGGCAAGAGAAUGUGAUGCAUGGCUUCAACUUUGCUGUCAGCUCAAUGCUACCAGGAGAGAAAGCUGUAUUCACAAUCCCCCCAGAGCUAGCUGUGACCAAGGCUGGGUCCCCUGCCAGUAUCCCAUCAAAUAUACCUCCAAAUCAAACACUGUGGUUUAAGAUUGAGCUCAUCAAUCUGUUUACUAUAACUGAUUUAUUCGAAGACGAGGGAAUAUUGAAAAAGAUCGUCAAGAUUCAAAUAGUGCACCCAGCUAUAAAUUAA